CCUGUCUUAAUAACGUCAUUGGUCGUCGACCCACGAUGUUUGGUUAUAACCUGAUUGGAAGCCUUGCUAUGCUGUCUGUCAUAAUCGUGCAUCUUUCAGGGCAAAUGGAAAGCCAAGAGAUCUUAAUUACAGUUCUUGCGCUAGUUGGUAAAAUGGGAAUUUCUUCAGCAUGGGCUGUUGCUUAUCUUUACACAGCAGAACUAUUUCCUACGGUUGUAAGGAGCAUUGGUUGUGGUGCAGCUUCGAUAGCCGGAAGAAUAGGUGGCGUUGUAGCGCCCCAGUUUGUAUAUUUGGCAAAGGUGACCCCAGUGCUUCCUUUCAUCUUAUUCAGCAGUUUAGGAUUAGCGGCGGCUUUCACCGGCCUUCUUUUGCCAGAAACGCGCUCGAAGGGAUUGUCGGACGCGCUGCCUGAAUGGUCAUGGUGCGGUCGUAAUCGGACUACUGGCGACGAUGACCGCGAUGACAUAACACGGCACCAAGGCUGAAUUGCCGGGAUUAUGUUGAAUGAAGGAAAGAUUGCAGAGCUGGGAAAAGCUUACAAGCCUUAAUCAUUAUCCAAAACAUUGGUCAUUAUUUUCGGUUUUGAAACGAAACUAUAACGGAUGCUGAAUAUACUAGUUUCCUGUAUUACGAAAAGUUGUUCUGAUAUCAAACUGGUGUUCUUAAAAAGAGAUAAUGAUUUGCAUCUGACGUCAAAACGCACAAGAUAUAAAGGAAAAAUUAAAAC